AUGAACCUUAAUCUACCAACAUAUGACCCAGACUUCAUUGAAAAAAUGAAUGACAAGAUAAUGAAUAAAAUGGAAGAGUUUUCCCAACUACUCGAAUCUUCUUUAGUUGAUUUGGAAUAUGCUUAUCAAGUUGAAGAGGCUUGGAAUUCUAAUCAGAGUAAUCGAAAUAAACCGUACGUUAAAUAUGAUCUUAACGAUGAUGAAAAAAUCAUUAUAGAUCUCAAAGAAAAAAUGCAAAAAACAAGUCAACAAGUUACAAAUACAUUUUUUAAAGAUUAUGAAACUUAUUUUAAAAAACAAAAGGAUGAUAAGCAGAUCAUCAUUUCAGAAUUAACUUUUCCCAAACGAACAAAAGCAUAUGAUGCAAGACAAAUUGAUAUUACAAUUGAUAAUUGGCUUGCUAAAGCAAAAAAAGGACCUUACAAAAUAGAAAUUGAUAAAACCGAUUUUGAUACAUUAAAUCGAGUUUCAGCCUUUUCAGUAUCAGUAAAUAAUUUCUUUAAGGUUUACAUAUCAUUAAAAUACAAUGAUAUUGACGGGUCUUCUUUAACAAUUUCGAGAAUAAAAACAAUUCUAGAGUCAUCAGAUUCUUUGGAGUUUCAACGAAUAACACAACUAGCAACCGCCAAAUUAAAUGAAUUAGAUCAUACUGAUCCGAUACCAGAUCUACUGGAAAGGCAUAAGCCUUAUUCGGUUAAUAGAGGUGUAACUCCUACUAGUAUAGGCGGUAGUAGCAAAAGUUCGCAACAGUUUUCAUUAGGACAGCAAAAACAGCAUGGCAAAGAAAUGACGAUCACUCUCACAGAACAAGAGUUAAAUAUAUGCGACUUAUUGAAACAAGUUACUGCCUAUUUGAAGGAAACUAAACCCGAGUUACCCUCUAUUGAACUGAGAAUAGCUGGUGGUUGGGUUCGAGAUAAAUUACUUGGAUUCGAAUGUAAUGAUUUAGAUGUUGCGAUAAAUCAUUUGACAGGAUUAAAUUUUGCAAAUUAUGUUAAAGAAUUUGUUGAUAAAGAACAUAAAUCUAUUCCAGUAAAAAUUCAUUUAAUAGAAUCAAACCCUGAAAAAUCUAAACAUUUAGACACUGCUACUACAAACCUUUUUGGUUUGGAUAUAGAUUUUGUUAAUUUGAGAAAAGAAGUCUAUGAUGCGGCUAGUAGAAUUCCCGUUUCUAUUGACUUUGGUACACCCGAAGAAGAUGCUUAUCGUAGAGAUAUAACAAUAAACGCGUUAUUUUAUAAUAUACACACAUAUGAGGUGGAAGAUUUCACAAAUAAGGGCAAGUCAGAUUUGAAAGAAGGAUUAAUUCGCACGCCACUUCCCGCUUAUGAAACAUUUAAAGAUGAUCCACUUCGAGUAUUGAGAUGUAUAAGAUUCGCAAGCAGAUUUCAAUUUGAGAUUGUUGAAGAUGUGAAAGAUGCCAUUAUAAAAAAUGAUAGUAUCAAAACAGCACUAAAUGAGAAAAUAAGUCGGGAAAGAAUUGGAUUAGAGGUUGAUAAAAUGAUCAAAGGACAUGAUCCCAUUGGCGCCUUUGAUUUGAUUCUUAAUUUAGGACUUUAUGAUAUAGUGUUCUCAUCACCUCCACAAGAAACCAUCGUAUCCGGAAAAUUUGAAGAUUCAAAAAUUUGUUUAAAUACAGCAAAAAUUCUUAAAUGGUUGUUUUCUGAUGAAAGUAAAAGUUAUGAGUUCCAUCCUAAGUUUCGUCAAUUAAAUGAAGAUGAAAAGCGAAAACUAUAUUUGGCAGCCUGUACAUUACCUUAUAAAGAUAUGAUAUAUACAGAAAAGAAAAAGAGGCAUCCGGCUUGCCGUUUUGUAAUCCGCGAAGGGUUAAGGUUUUCGAAUGAGGAUGUUGAUAAAGUAACAAGCCUUUUCUCAAAUGUCUAUUCUGUGAAGAACGCAGUUGCACAGAAUUAUGAAGCCCCAGCAAAUAGAGUUGCACUCGGAUUAUUGAUACGUGAACUUGGAUCUGGAUGGUUAACUAAUUUAAUCUUUGCUUUGUCCAAUGAGUUGAUAUCGAAAUUUGACAAUAUGGACCAAGUUAAAGAAAUUAGUGACAAAUAUACAAAGUUAAUUGAAAGAGUACAAGAAUUAAAAUUGGAAAACGUUUUUAAUGAAAAACCUAUCCUAAACAAUUUAUUGAAAAUUAAACAAAGUCCGGAGGUUAAAAUAAUAUUGAAUUCAGUCAUGGAAUGGCAAUUAGAAUUCUCAAGUAAAAGUGAAGAAGAAUGUAGGGAAUUUAUUAAAACUAAAUAUGGAAAAAGAUAA